GCGCAGGAGUCCGCGCACUGCCCAUGGACUCGCCGGGGGACUCCGAGAGCCCACGCCCCCCAGGAGGUUACAGAGAGCAGUGAUGCCGGAUGUAUCUCUGUGGCUUGAGUCGUGUCUCUUUAACAGCGAUUGAAUUAGCUUUAGCGUGGUUUGUUUGCGAGAGAUUGGAAAAGGAGGGGCCGGGCAGUGGGGUUCGGAUUUAUGGCACUUGUCUUUCCAGGAGCUGCCAUUGUGAUGGCCCUCCAGGAGAUGCAAGGGAGACAUCCAGGUGGCUUUCAAGAGAACAGAUUUUUGUACUGAUAGCAGCAGCUUCCAUUAACUUAGGUUCCAUGAUGUGCUAUUCUAUCCUUGGACCUUUUUUCCCCAAGGAGGCUGAAAAGAAAGGAGCCAGCAAUACAGUUAUUGGUAUGAUCUUUGGAUGUUAUGCUUUGUUUAACUUGCUGGCAUCUUUGGUAUUUGGAAAAUAUCUUUUACAUAUUGGAGCAAAAUUUAUGUUUGUAGCAGGAAUGUUUGUCUCAGGAGGAGUUACAGUUCUCUUCGGUGUAUUGGACCAAGUUCCAGAAGGACCCGUGUUUAUUGCUAUGUGUUUUCUAGUGAGAAUAACUGACGCAAUCAGUUUUGCUGCAGCAAUAACCGCAUCUUCUUCUAUCCUUGCAAAGGCUUUUCCAAAUAACGUGGCUACAGUAAUGGGAAGUCUUGAGACUUUCUCUGGACUGGGUCUAGUACUAGGGCCUCCUUUGGGUGGCUUCUUGUAUCAAUCCUUUGGCUAUGAGGUGCCUUUCAUUCUUCUGGGAUGCAUAGUUCUGCUGAUGGUUCCCCUCAACAUGUGUAUUUUACCUAAUUAUGAGUCUGAUCCAGGGAAACACUCAUUCUGGAAACUCAUCAUUUUACCCAAGGUUGCCUUUAUAUCCUUCGUCGUUACCUCACUCAGCUCAGGUUUUGGCUUCCUUGAUCCUACGCUGUCCCUCUUUGUUUUGGAGAAGUUUAAUUUACCAGCUGGAUAUGUGGGACUGGUAUUCCUGGGUUUGGCACUAUCCUACGCCAUUUCUUCACCACUGGUGGGCCUACUCAGUGAUAAAAUGCCACAUCUAAGGAAAUGGCUUCUCGUUUUUGGAAACUUAAUCACAGCAGGGUGCUACAUGCUCUUAGGACCUGCCCCAUUCUUGCACAUUAAGAGUCAGCUCUGGUUGUUGGUGUUGAUAUUAGUCAUAAAUGGUAUCUCUGCUGGAAUGAGUUUAAUUUCAGCUUUCCCGGAGAUUCUCAGUUGCGCACAUGAAAAUGGAUUUGAAGAAGGAUUAAGUACCUUGGGACUUGUUUCAGGUCUCUUUGGUGCAUUGUGGUCAGUUGGUGCUUUUGUAGGACCAAUGCUGGGGGGAUUUCUAUAUGAGAAAAUUGGUUUUGAAUGGGCAGCUGCUCUGCAGGGUCUCUGGGCUCUGACAAGUGGACUAGUGAUGGGCCUGUUCUAUCUAUUGGAGCAUUCAAGGAGAAGAAGGAGAUCUAAACUUCAAAAUAUCCUCGGCACAGAGGAGGAACGGACUGCUCUCUUGCCUGAUGAAACGUAGCCUUACCUUAGGGAUCCCUACUGAUACGGGGCUGGGAGAUGGAUGCUCCUGGCCUUGAACUUCAUCACUGGAAGGAUUUUCCUAAUUUUUACACACAAAACGCCAUGGACUCCACACCAGCAUCCUGAAAUUGUUAACAUAGUUUUGGAUGAUCCUGUGUUGGGCUGCACAUACUGUCGUCUUGAAGAGCUGACCUGCUGAAGCAGCCAUAUUUGAAACCUUAAGUAUGCGAAGAGUUGUUGAAAAUCAACAAAAGUUUUUGGUUUUGAGUGACCAGACUUGGCCCUGAGGAUGUUACUGACUCUAGGUGUCCUGUUUCCUCUGUUUACUUUUUAUUCUGAGGGCACUGAUUCUGUGACUGUACCCUUUUUAUUAACAGGGAAAGAAAUGAAUUGAUUUGAUAUGCUUAAAAAUAAUAUAAAGAUAACUCAAAACAUACAGAAUAAUUACUGUGAAAUCAGUUUUUAAAAUAUUUGCUUUCUCUGUGUCCUAAGGUUUUUUUGUUUUUGUUCAAAAGGCAAAAUUCCAGCCUACCAUGGAAAAACUCUAUUGCAUACCCUGGCCAUCAGCUCUUCUAAAACUUUUGUUUGUGUGAAAGAUACAAGAAUAAUAUUACUUAACACUUCCAAUUUUGUAAUAUGCUGUGAAUUAGGAUCUGGAUUUAUAAAUCAUGCUUGGUAUAAUAUUAUUCAUUUCCCUUAAUGUCUCUGUUUUAGUUCUAUCAUUUUUUUAAAAAAAAAAACAUACUCCCAAUAGAUGUAUCCUAUUCCCAGAGCAAGUGAGCCCACAGGAAUGCUUGUUCUAUGUUAGGGAAGGGGUUCCUCUGACUUCAGGUAAAAUCCAUGCAGUUGUUUGAAGUGAGUGAAUCUCUGCUGUGCAGCUCUCAUACCUCCUGAUCCAUUUUCAUGGUGUAGUAGCCCCAUUUACCCACCCACCCCUUUUUAGUAGAAGAAAUGUUUUUUAUCUCUUUAUUAAUUCAAAAAUAUUUAUUGAAUGCCUUCUCUGAAUUGACAUUGUGCUUGAUCUUACAGAUUUAGCUGUGAUCAAGUUAAACAGUCUAGUCUUUAUGGAACUAAUAUUCCAGUGGAAGGGACAAGCAAGAAAUAAAUACCAGCAUCUCUAGUUAUCUUGCAGAGAUGCUAUGAUGGAAAACAAAAGCAAAAACAGAAACAAAAACCUGGUGAUAUGAAAGAGUAAUUGGCUGGAGCUGAUUAGGUGUGAAGAUCAUCAUUUAGAUAAGGCCUUGAACUGAGCUCUGAAGGAUGAGAAUGAGGCAGCCAUUCUGAGGGGAGAGCCCUCCCUAGCAUGUGCAAAACGGUUUGACAUGGUCAAAGAGAAGGCCGUGGCCCACGUGGCUGGAGUCUAGUAAACAGAGGAAUUUGGGCGGGGGAGAGGAGCUGGCUUUUGAAUGGAGGAUUCUAUAAUUUGAUUCAUAUUUCAGGAAGGUCAUUGUGUUUGCAUGGCCAAGGUGAGUGGGGAUGCGGAUUACCAGGGGUGGAGGGAAAUCUUUGGAAGCUUUGAGAGAGACAUUAAUGGUUUGGAUCAGGAAGGUGGUGCUGAAGUAGAGAAAAGGAUGUGUUUGGAAGUAGAACCAACAGGGUUUGCUAAUAAUGGACAGAGAAGGGGAGAGAAAUUCAGGAAGACUCCUAGGAUUUGGCUUGAGGGCAUGGAUGGUCAGCUGGUGCCUCUUAGUGAAAUGGGGAAGAAUGGGAGAGAAACAGAUCUGGAGGAGGCACAUUAAACCAUGCCCUUUCACACCACCAUAAGGAAAAAAAUAAAUAAAAUUUAAAGGAACACAAUACCCAGGUUGGAGAAGAUGGACAGCAACUGGACCACGGACUGUUUCGGAAGACUGUUUGGCAUUAAUUCCCAAAACUGAAUAUUCAAAGUUCCCAUGAACUCUUCACUCUCCUCCUCCCCCAAGUCCCUUCGCCCUGAGAACUCCAGAGGCUGGUCCCUUGCCUGCCAAGCACAAGUGGCCUGUCACACGCUUACUGGAGCGGCACCAGGACGAGUGUGACCCCAGCCCCCUGCACUCGUGUGCACUGCGGAAAGGGCCAGGCCUCGAUCUCCCGGGUUAAAUCGUCCUGGCCCCUCUACAGGGCUUUCCUUCCUUGGGCGCAGGAUGCAGACUAAUGCGGGUCCGCCCCUUGUCCGCCCAGUGGUCGAGGACGCCGCCGAAUGCCUGUAGUUCCCAUUUGUACCACGUGGGGCCGCUAUAAAAGCACCGCGGGGAUCCAGCAGCUCAAAGCCGGGCCGCGGCGCCCGAGCUCGCACCGCUCCCACCCGCCGUCCCGGCCCACUCAGGGCUGUCAGCCUAUUACCGUUAUCAGCGCUGUUGACUGUUGAGACUAGUUCAAGGUCAACGCAAAGAUUCCAGGCUUACUGGCUAGAGAACUUUUUGUUCCCCCUCCCAACACGUCGCUGUCAGUAGCUACUGUGGAUACCAGUGUAUUUAAAGCCGCUUUGUACAAAAACAACUUUGCCCCUUCCUCAUUUUAUGAUUUUGAAGUAUUAAGAUAAAUGACCAAAAAAAUGUUAAAAAUAUGAGAAACAAUAGCAGAAC